AUGUUGCGAGCUCUCGGCCUCCUCCUGGCCUGUGCGGUGUCUCGGAGCAGUUCUGCCAGUGUUUUAGAAAACGGCAUGCCCAUUCGCUGGGCACAAACAUCCAGGUAAGAUGAUGAAAACAUGUGAAUGUGUAGGACUUUACCUCGUGAGCACAAGAACCUUGAUGUCAGGUGUUUUGCUUGUGCAGGUCGUCUUGCUGACCCAACAGGUUCGACAAGCUGCGGCCCAGGAGACACUCUGUGCGUUUCACCUCAGAGCUGGUGGGGCUGUGUGAAUUACUUCCUCUCUGCACUUCCUUCCUUGUGUGCUGCACAGCAGGGCUUCAUGGGGGGCAGCGUUCAGGAGGGGCAGCUGAAAGCACCUGCGGGUGCAGAGGGCUAUCGUACCACCUAUGAUGACUGUUCAGUUCGGUACCCUGACGUCAUGGCAAAGUGGGACACUUUUUUUCAGGCUCUGAAGGCUGAGUCCACUUUACCUGGCAACGAGAAGAAAGACUCCAUCCUUGGUGUCUACUGGACGGCCCACAUGGCUUCACUUCAUGCCUCAGCAGCGUGCAACGCCAAGCAGAGCCAUUAUUCAUCUGAGGAGGUGUCAUUUGCCAGCAGCUGGUUGAACUCAGCUGAGUAUGUUUCCGCGGCUCAUUUCCACUCCAGCUUGGAGAAGUCUGUGCCCGUCAUCAGCCCUCUGCCGGGUCAAAUUUUAAAGGAGUAUGAUGUGGCUCCCAACAUUACUGACCUGACUCAGGAGGAGAACCACUCGUUGUCUACUUUCUCCUGGAUGAGGAGGAUCAACACUUUUCUUGGUGGAAGGUUGGUGAAUAUGUGGAAAGGCGCGAUGUGUUCAGUGUCCACGAGGGAGAAAGGCAGAGAUCUGAUGGAGCAGCUGAUGCUGCAUCCCAGCUUCGCCACAACAACGUUCCUGUCCAUCAUCAGGGAAAUGAGAACAAGCUGCUGA